AUGUGUUAUAUUCGUGGCGAGGCAGACAACUCCAUCGAAGCGAUUCUUGCCCGAAGUCGCAGAAGAGAGUUGGUUGCACGCGUCGGACCAGCAGCUGUGCGUUAUCUGCCCAGUGACGACCCACACGCUUUCCUUCUGCCGGACAACAGGUUGGAGCCCGCAGAGCGAAAGUGGCAAAAGCUCUUCGUGGCUCUUCCAUGGCUGACGUUUGCCGCGAUGCUCGCGCUCCCGGUCCUGAUCGUGCAUGGCAAUUUGCCAUAUCUAUUGCAGCGGGCGGAGCACGACAAACAGGCAGCUGGCAGAAGAACGCUCUCGGCCCACCGCGUUCCAGAUUUCCAGGUUGUUAACUUUGGCCAGAUGCCAGAUGUGUUGGAACGACCUUUUCCGACAAUGUUGAUUCUGUUCCACCCAGCCACGUUGGCAUCAAAAGUCUUUUUGCCAGUUCUGCAAGAUUUGGAAGGCCUAUUGCGGAAGUCUGCGAUUCCUGUGAGCAUCGCGGCUUUAGACCUGACAGCUUCGCCCCUUCCUCCUGAUGCGUUCCUUUGGGAAUACCCAGCAGCUGUUUCGCCCCACAUCCAGCUGAUCCUUCCAAGAUCCAUGGAGGGAGAGGCCGGCGUGGCGGACUAUGACGGUGGAUGGAAUGCACGGUCGUUGGCAGCAGCGGCGUGUCGUGUGAGCCUCAUCACUUUGGACCUUGUGUGCAUCCCGGCAUUACGUUCUGCAGAAAUGGCUUCUUGUGUCUGCAGCUGUGGGAGCCAGGGUUCCAGCAAAUUUGAGACACAAGAGUCCCCACUUGGGCUAUGGAGCUUCAGCGCACCUUCCUCGGCUGCAAAAAGGAGGAGCCGCAUGCAGACAGACGGUCCUUGA